AUGCUCUCAAUCUUAAGAAGAGACCCCAAAACGAGUGAACUCAGCAUAAGCUUGGGACUGCAGGUUUUUGUCAUGUGCCACAGUCUCCUCCAGCUCUCUCAGCUCCUGCACAGUGCCUAUUUCAAGAGUAGCAUCACUACCAUUGAACGUCGUUAUGGCUUCAGCAGCAUGUCCAUGGGAAGCAUUUCUGCGCUCCAUGAGAUGGGAAAUAUGGUGCUCGUGGUUUUUGUAAGCUACUUUGGGAGUAGAGUCCAUCGUCCUCGCUUCAUUGGACUGGGGGGUCUGCUCAUGUCUGGGAGUGCUGCAGUUUUGACCUUACCCCAUUUCCUGUCAAAACCAUACAGACACCACUCUGUGUUGUCAGGUAAUGACUACUCAGGUGACUGGGACAUGUGUGCAGCCAGAGUGAACUCAUCAGCUUCAGAGAGUUGCAGGCUGGAAAGUUCACAGUAUCACGAUGCCACCUACAUUCAGUGGCUCCUCAUGGCUGCUGCUCAAGUGAUGUUUGGAAUUGGCUCUGUGCCUGUCCAACCAUUUGGGAUCUCUUACGUGGAUGACUUUGCUGAGCCAGGAAAUUCUGCUCUUUACAUUGCCAUUCUGUUCUCUGUGUCUGUGUUUGGGCCUGCUUUUGGCUACCUUCUGGGCUCCAUGAUGCUGAGGAUCUAUGUAGAUGUGGGCAAAGUGGACACUGAGGGCGCACUAGAGCUGACACCGUCUGACCCACGCUGGGUGGGAGCUUGGUGGAUGGGCCUUCUCGUGUCCUCUGGAUGCCUGGCCUUGACUUCCAUUCCAUAUUUCUUCUUCCCAAAAGACAACAAGACAGUCUCUCAUGAGAUUCGAACCAAGGCUGACACCAUGGAAGAAGACCCACUGAAAUCAAAGAUUCCUUUGUGUGACUUUGUAAAGAUGUUUCCACGUCUCCUCCUGAGACUUCUCCUCAACCCGAUCUUCCUGCUGCUGGUUCUGGCCCAGUGUUGCUUCUCUUGUGUAAUCUCAGGCCUGGCCACUUUUCUCGGCAAAUUCCUGGAGCAUCAGUAUGGUACUUCUGCUGCUUAUGGGAGCCUUCUUAUGGGAGCCAUUAAUGUGCCCAUGGCCGCAGUAGGUCUGCUGUUGGGUGGUGUUGUGAUGAAGAAGGCCCGUCCUUCAGUGAAGGUCGUUCCCUGGUUGACAGUGGUCUCACUCUCCCUCUCAGUGCUUCUGUGUAUCCCAGUCUUCUUCAUGGGCUGCUCUACACAGAGAAUUGCAGGGGUCAACUUUGGCUAUGGAGAGCCACAGGAACACCUGUCAAUCAAUGCGUCAGGCUCUGUUUGCAAUUCAGAGUGUUCUUGUCUGAAUAAUGUGUUCAACCCUGUUUGCGGCGAGAACAACAUUGAAUACACGUCACCUUGUUUUGCUGGAUGCACCAACAUCACCUUUGACCCACAUAAACCACAAAGAGUCCUGACGUACACAGGGUGCCACUGCAUCACCGGUGAGACUGGGCUGGGCAGCGCCAAGCCUGGUUCCUGCCCCAAAAGCUGCUCUCACUUCCUCCUUCCAACCAUGUUGAUCAUUGGUUUUGCUGGCUUCAUUGGCAGCCUCUCUCAGAAUCCCAUCUACAUGAUGGUGCUAAGAAGUGUCCCUCCAAAGGAAAAAUCUUUUGCUAUUGGAGUGCAGUUUUUGUUUCUCAGAAUGCUUGCAUGGCUCCCGGGCCCUGCCCUAUUUGGGAUGGCCAUUGACUACUCAUGUGUCUGGUGGAAGCAGUCCUGUAAAGAAAGACUGGGAUCUUGUGCCUACUAUGACAACAAUGUACUUAGGAACAGGUAUUUUGGACUGCAGAUGGGCAUUAAGACCCUGGGGGUCCUCUUCCUGGUGGCGGCCGGCUGGAGAGUGCAGAGCUCGAAGGGAUACAGUCUGGAGAGGAAUCCUGAGGGACCUGUGUGA